AAUUAAUAAUGCACAUGCGGCUGCAAAUAGUCUGAAAUAGUCCAACGCUUUGGUUAUAACGGUGAUAAUUAACUUCUGCAAUCUAAACGAUUUCUUGCUGAUAUAUAAUUGCUGUGUGCAAAGUUGACCAGCAAUUUUAAUUGGUUGAUCAAAAUAUGGAUCAUCCAAUUUUGCCUAAUGAUUCUAAAGCAGAAGAAAUUACUGAAGGAAAUGAACCUUCAUUUAAGUUAGAUGAACCUGUUACUAUAACUCUAAAUGUAAAUCCACUGACUAAUGUCAAUGAUGAGGAAGAGAGCCUAUCUUUUGUAGUGCUUGGUUCAGAUUCAGUGGAGGCUCAAGCUUCCUUAUUAGCUUCGUACACCGAUCUUCAACAGAAGAGCAUGUCAAUUGAUUAUAAGUCAUGGGUGUCGUCAAUGACCAUAACUGCGAUGCAACACAAAUUAGUAGAAGUGUUGCAAGAAAAUGUGAAAUUGAAGGAAACUUUAAGGCAGAACAAUGUAUCCAUGAAACAACAGUUUAAUACCCUAGCAAUGUGGCAGGAAGAAGUGACGAAAGUUCAUCUGAAUCACAAGCAACAGUUCGCAGAAACUAAAGAACUUAUAAAUCAUCUGAAAAUGGAAAAUGCAGAGCUGAAAUAUAAAUUUGCAUGCUUAUUUACACAUUUUGAAGAUAUGACACUUAAGAUUAGUAAAUCUGUUUCUGAGGAUUUGGCCAAUUUGAUUUCUAAUAGAAAGCUAAAAGAAUCCUCUUUCAUAUUCAAGGACAUUUUCGAACUUGUACCUGAAAUAUCCAACUUAACAAUCAAUAGGUGUAAACAAUAUAUAACAUCUAUAAUAUCGGAGAAAUUGGAUGAGAAAUUGGAGAGAUUGAAAGAGGGACAAAAAAAAUUGCCGCAAUUAGAAACGGAAAAAGAAUUAGAAUUCGAAUCAGCGAUGAUAGAUGACAGAAUAAAACAAAAAUUGCAGCAAUUAGAAAUGGAAAAAGAAUUAGAAUCGGCGAUGAUAGAUAACAGAAUAAAUUGCAAACUUUACAGUGAUGUAGAGACCACAGAAAGUUCGAAAUGUUCGGGAGCAUACUCUGAAAAGAAUCAGGAAAUUGCUUGCUUAAAAGAAUCCAAUGCUCUACUCGAAUGGAAAUUGCAAUGUGUUUUUACUCCUGUUGAACAAGAUUCAUUGGAAACGUCCAAUUUAAGUCAUCAAAAAUUUGUACAAAAUAUAAAGCAAUAUAAUGAUAUAUUACAAGAAUUAACCAAAUGUUUUGUAGAACAAGUAGAACGUUUUGCUGCCUUAGAAAAAAGUUUAAAGAAAAUUACGGAUAUACUUAGACUUGACAACGAUAAAAUGCAGUGUGAAGAAAAACUAUGUCAGUAUUACAAUGAAUUAACUGAUGAGCAAAUAAAAAUUAUUACUGAUAGGCAGACGCUAAUAAAAUCACAAAACCAAUUCCAAAAGAUAUUCUCCGAUUACAAAUCUGUUCUAUAUGAAUUGCAAGUAAUGCUCGACGAAAACGCAAAAUUAAACAUUUUAAAGGAUAAUAGCGCUCACGAGAAUUUAGAAACGUCAGAGCAACUGGAACGCGACAAGCAAUCAUUGGAACAAGAAAAGAAAAUUUUCGAUCGAGAAAAGAACAAUCUAGAAAAUGAAAAAAAAUCCUUCGAAAGCCAGAAAAAGAGUUUGGACAUGGAACGUGUAUCGUUGCAAGACGAGAGAAAACUUUUAGAGCAGGAAAAGAUCAGUUUAAAUGAAGAAAAAAUGUCACUUGAUCAUCAGAGUCAGUUAUAUGAAGAUUGCGAAAGAGAUCUACAAAAUGAAAAAAAAAUAUUACAAGCUUGUAAUGGACAAUUGCUGAGUGAAAUAAAUAGCUUGCGACAAAAAAUUGAGGAGAAAGAUGCGCAAUUUAAAAAGAUAUUAGAACAGCUUGCACAAAGCACGGAAGAGAUACAAUUGUUAAGAUCGCAAUUAUUGCUUUACGAAGAAGAUUUUCAACAGGAGAAGAAACUGAAAGAAGCGUUGUUGGAAGAAAAAAAUAAAUUGGACACGGAAUUGCUGAAGCAAAUAGAGUUUAACAAACAGUUACAAGAAUCUAACAAUGCCAAUGUUAAGUUAGGACACACGUUUGAAGAACGAAACUUUGUGCGAUGUCCAAAAUGCUUGAUGAUAUGUCAAAGUUCAUCAGAUUUGUUAUCGCAUAUUAACACAUGUGAAUAUGCUUUAACUUAAUAUAACAUAAAUUCAUUAGAAAUCAUAUAAGUAUGUACACUCUCAUACAAGAAGAAUGACUUCACAUUA